AUGAAAGGUCACCUUAUGUGCUGGUCUGAUUGGGGCAAAUCAAAUGGCCUCAAAUGCAAAGCGGAGGACAAGGGUCCUCGUCGGUUCAAUUGGAGCAGACAUAUACCUGACCUUAAGGACAGUAUAACUGAUCCCUCUACUGUUAGAUGUUAUUUUACAGUCCAACUGCAACAACUCUACAGUGACCCAGCCUGUGCUUUCCAGACUGUUGAUGAACACAGGACCGAGAUUACCUCAGGACAGGGCCUCAUGAAGGGCAGUCAUGCUCAGCCUGACGUCAUGUUCAUGGCCUGGGUCCUGGACAAACUGAAGUGAACAUCAAGAACGUUUGUUUCGUGAUGAACUCUCUUCCAGUAGUGCUCUCACUGCCCAUUUAUUUUUCAAGGACAGUGGACUUCUUUGACAAAAUCUUCAGGAGAGACUCUCAAGUCAAAGUGAGUUGGGACAGGCCAAAACCUUUGGACCUGGUAAAAAUUACUGAAAAUUAAAAUUAAAAAUUGCUUCUUGCACAGAACACCAAGAUACCCGCAGAUCUUCCUGCAUACUGCACCAAACAGGACAAUAAAGUUGAACUCAACAUGUGGUGCGAUAAAGGAUGGAGCAAGCUCUUAGAAAAGCUUGAGGGACAUCGACAGACAAAAUAUUGGUACUCAGGCCCAGAUAAGAAGAAAGCUAACGGCUGACGCGUCAUCCGUUGCAGCGCCACUCCACGAUCUUUGCCUCGUCAAAAAGGAUUCGGAUUUUCUCACCGCUUGGAACGACCGUAGCGAGGCGCCUUUUCGAUCCGUCAAGAAGGCCAUCUGGUUGACGGUGUUCAAUAUUUGGCAGGCUAACACAAUAUUCUGGCGGAUGCUUUAUCCAACGUUCAGCCCGACAAGCCUCUCGAGGACGACGAGCCCGAGCAAGCUUUCCCUUGCUCUCCACGAUCUGCGUCAAAAGGAUUCGGACUUCGUCACCGCUUGGAACGACCGCAGCGGAACGACUGCAGCGAAGCGCCUUUUCGAUCCGUCAAGAAGGCCAUCGCCGACGCCACGCUGAUUGCUCACCCAUGCCCGGACGCGGAGACGGAAGUAUGUACAAAUGCCAGCGAAACCGGUGUUGGAGCGGUUGUUGGACGUAGUUGGAUGUUGGAUUUGGACGCUCGGACGCGGUGCCGGAAGUAUGUACAAACGCCAUCGAAACCGGUGUUGGAGCGGUUCUGGUGGGAAAUGACGGAAAAUGGAGGCCGUUGUUGUACUGGUCACGGAAGUUUUUGUAAGCGCAAUCGGUCUAUUCGGCGUUCGACAGGGAGCUGCUGGCCAUGUCCAGAGCAGCAUGCUUUCGAGUCUCAGCAGGUUGUUUUGGACACCGACCACAAACGGCGCGGUCGGAAAGGCGUCAGACGACUUUACGACCCUUCAAAGACGUCACCUGUUACGCGUAUCCUGUUACGGUUGACGGAGUUCAAUAUUUGGCCGGCGAGCACAAUAUUCUGGUGGAUGCUUUGUCCAGGGUUCAGCCUGUCAAGCCUCUCGAGGACGACGAGCCGACCCAGCUUUCCCUACGGCCAACGGUGUCGUCAGCGUCGUGGUGGAACAAAUUGACGUUACCGAGCUGGCGGAAGGUCAGGUCAUCUUUGCCGUGUCAAAAUGAUUCGGACUUCGUCGCCGCUUGGAACGACCGCAGCGGAACAACUGCAGCGAAGCGCCUUUUCGCUCCGUCAAGAAGGCCAUCGCCGACACCACGCUGCUUGCUCACCCACGGCCGGACGCGCAGACGGAAAUAUGUACAAAUGCUAGCGAAAUCGGUGUUGGAGCGGUUGUUGGACGUAGUUGGAUGUUGGAGUUGGACGCCCGAACGCGGUGACGGAAGUAUGUACAAAUGCCAGCGAAACCGGUGAUGGAGCGGUUCUGGUCCAAAAACACUACGGGAAAUGGAGGCCGUUGUUGUACUGGUCACGGAAGUUUUUGGAAGCGUAAUUGGUUUAUUCGGCGUUCGACAGGGAGCUGUGGCCAUGUCCAGAGCAGUUCGUCACUAUAUGCACGCUUUCGAGUCUCAGCAGGUCGUUUUGCACACCGACCACAAACCGCUGGUCGCAGCGGUCGGAAAGGCGCCCCUUCAAAUACGUCACCUGUUACGGUUGACGGAGUUCAAUAUUUGGCCGGCGAGCAUAAAAUUCUGGUGGAUGCUUUGUCCAGGGUUCAGCCCGUCAAGCCUCUCGAGGAUGACGAGCCGACCAAGCUUUCCGCAUGGCCAACGGUGUUGUCAGCGUCGUGGUGGAACAAAUUGACGUUACCGAGCUGGCGGAAGGUCAGGUUACCGACGACGCUCUGUGUACUUGGUUCGAACAACAGCGCUCCUCCACGGAUUCCCCUUAUCAACCUCAGCAGAUAG